CUAUAUAUGCAAACUAUGUAGCAUACUAAAUUGGACACAUAAGUCAUACUCCACAUUCGUUAUAAUCUCUGUUUUGUGUAUAUUUUUUGAAUAUGAUAUGAUAUGAAUAUAUGAAUGUUAUCUUGUUAUCUAUGAUAUGUUUCCCCAGAAUUAAUACAAUCACCUUGCUCGGUUGUUUCUAAGAUGACGUGCUAGUUGAUGAUGAAAUUGUAGGAAUUUGGGAGAUUCUAUUCUCAUAUGGGUAUUUCGUAAAAUUGCUUCUCCAUUUAUGUUCUAGAAGCUUCCAUAACACAUUAAGCUUGUUUUCCACUUCCAAACUCUCUUUCUUCUUCUGGGUGUUGAAGGGUUUAUGCACAAAACUAUGGAAACUAACAGAAAUUGCUGGGGUUCCAACAAUAAUAAGGACAAAUCUUGGAGGGCAGUUUUGUUGUUAGCAUAUCAAAGCCUUGGUGUAGUAUAUGGGGAUUUAAGCAUUUCCCCUUUGUAUGUGUUCAAGAGUACAUUUGCAGAAGACAUUCAUCAUUCAGAAACUAAUGAAGAAAUGUUUGGUGUUCUUUCAUUUGUUUUCUGGACUCUUACUUUACUUCCUUUGUUUAAGUAUGUUUUCAUUGUUCUUAGAGCAGAUGACAAUGGUGAAGGUGGAACUUUUGCCCUUUAUUCCUUAAUAUGUAGGCAUGCCAAAGUGAGUCUUUUGCCAAACAGGCAGGCAUCUGAUGAAGAUGUAUCUACUUAUAAAAUGGAGCACCCUCCUGAGACUAAAAGUGAUUCUAAAGUUAAAAUGGUGUUAGAAAAGCAUAGAUGCUUGCAUACUGCAUUGCUAGUACUGGUUCUUCUUGGUACUUGUAUGGUUAUUGGAGAUGGACUUCUUACUCCUGCCAUUUCAGUUUUCACGGCGGUUUCUGGCCUCGAGUCCUUGAUGUCUCAUGAGAAUCAUCAAUAUGCUGUUAUUCCAAUUACAUGUUUCAUUUUAGUCUGCCUCUUUGCCUUGCAACACUAUGGCACACAUCGAGUGGGAUUCGUCUUUGCACCUAUAGUUUUGAUCUGGUUACUAUGCAUCAGCGGUCUUGGGUUAUACAAUAUUCUUCAUUGGAAUCCACGUGUUUAUCAAGCUAUUUCGCCAUAUUAUAUGUACAAGUUCCUGAAGAAAACUACAAUAAGUGGAUGGAUGUCUUUGGGAGGUGUUCUGUUGUGCAUUACAGGUUCUGAAGCAAUGUUUGCUGAUUUAGGACACUUCUCUUACAUGGCAAUACAGAUUGCUUUCACUUUUAUGGUAUAUCCUACAUUGAUUAUAGCUUAUAUGGGUCAAGCAGCCUAUUUGUCCAUGCAUCACGAGAAUGUUGAUGUUAUCAGUUUUUACCUCUCAGUUCCAGAAAAAGUCAAAUGGCCAGUAAUUUUAGUAGCAAUUCUUGCUUCAGUUGUCGGGAGCCAAGCAAUUAUAAGUGGAACAUUCUCUAUUAUUAACCAAAGCCAAUUACUUGGUUGUUUCCCCCGAGUCAAAGUAGUUCACACGUCAGAUAAGAUACAUGGCCAGAUAUACAUUCCCGAGAUCAACUGGAUUCUGAUGAUUCUCUGUAUUGCUGUUACGAUUGGAUUCAGAGAUACUAAACACCUGGGAAAUGCAUCAGGUUUAGCAGUGAUGACAGUGAUGUUGGUAACGACAUGUCUCAUGUCGUUAGUUAUUGUUCUAUGCUGGCAUAAACCUCCUAUUAUGGCUCUAUGUUUCCUUCUCUUCUUCGGUUCAAUCGAAAUCCUGUACUUCUCAGCAUCUCUGGUGAAAUUUUCAGAGGGAGCGUGGCUUCCGAUCUUGCUAGCCCUCAUUCUCAUGACCAUCAUGUUUGUAUGGCACUACGCCACCAUCAAGAAGUACGAAUAUGACCUUCACAACAAAGUCUCUUUGGAUUGGCUGUUAGCCUUGGGUCCAAGCCUAGGAGUAUCGCGGGUCCCAGGCAUUGGUAUGGUCUUCACUGACCUCACAUCUGGCAUCCCUGCCAACUUCUCUCGGUUUGUCACCAAUCUUCCUGCCUACCACAAGAUAUUAGUUUUCGUGUGCGUGAAGUCGGUUCCUGUUCCCUACAUUCCCCCGGCUGAGAGGUACCUUAUUAGCCGUGUGGGCCCCCCAGCUCACCGCUCCUAUCGAUGCAUUAUCCGGUAUGGGUACCGUGAUGUCCACCAAGACAUAGAUUCCUUUGAAUCAGAGCUAGCUGCAAAGUUAGAUGAAUUCAUCCAUUUUGACUGGGCCCAAAAUCAUAAAGACGAUCAACAAUCCUUCGAAAAUGCUGACGCCCAGAUUGACGAACCUAGUAUGUGUUGCUUAGCAAUUACAGACACCAUCCGAUACUCUCGUGAACCCCCAUACGACAUCGAUGAAGACCCACAACCAGCAAGUGUGUCCAUCGGACUACCAACAGUUGAGAGCAUGGGGGAUAUCAUGGAAAUGAAGCCCAUUAAACGAGUGAGGUUCACCAAUGAAGCAUGGGGAUGUAACGAGAAAGAAGCACAAAUGCUGCGAGAAUUAGACGAUCUUUGGGAAGCUCGGCAAGCUGGAAGUGCAUUUAUAAUAGGACAUUCUCAUGUUAGAGCUAAACAAGGAUCAUCUUUUCCGAAGAGAAUAGCCAUAAAUUUUGGGUACAAUUUUCUAAGAAGGAACUGUAGAGGACCCGAUGUUGCACUUAGGGUACCGCCAGUGUCGCUGCUCGAGGUUGGCAUGGUCUAUGUCGUUUGAGACUGUGAUAAUGCUAUGUAAUUAGUUUUUCAUGGUCGGUUUUGUCGAUACAAAAGAAAGGAGAGGGAGGACGAAGUUUUUUUUGCAAUGUUGUAAAGAACGUUAACGGACAUGUCUACUUGAAAGAAAUGCUUCUGUACAGUUGAAUGAUAAUCUUCUGAGUUUUUCUUCAGUAUGUAGUUUAUUCUUCCUGAUAUUUGAGAGAACCUUUUCUUUCGUGAUCAA